GUUGCACUCUGCGACCACGUGAGAAUUGCACUGUGGAUGUUAUGCACUGUGGUGGGUAGGUGUUAUUGAAUAAAAUCGAUGAAAUUGAUUACUUCAAUGUGGAGUCACUUCUGACUUGAAUAUUGUUUGAGAGCAAGAUGACGGCUUUUGAGACUCACACUGUGAGGUUUUUCGUUCCUGAAGCCAAAGCAAUUCACUGUGCAGCACUUAAUGCAGAAGCGAACAAGCUAGCUGUUUCAAGGUCAGACAAUGCCGUGGAGCUGUGGGACGUUGGCUGUGUGCUGUCCCGGCGCGGCGCUCCCGUGUGCCAGGCGCGUCUGCCGCCGGCCGGCGGCGCCAGCGUUGAGGCGCUAGCGUGGGCCGCCGGCCGGCUCUUUUCGACCGGACUGCACGGGCACGUGCUGGAGCACGGCGGCCACGGCCUGGAGGCCACCGCCAGUACGUCGGUGUCGGGCACGGCCGCCUGGUGUCUGGCGGCGGACCCGGCCGGCUGCCGCCUGGCUGCAGGCACUGAGGACGGUCAGGUGAUCGUACACGCCGUCACCGACGAGGGACUCGUGUUCGAGCGCCGGAUGGCCAAACAGGAGCGGCGAAUCCUGUGCGUCGCCUGGUCGCCCGACGGCACCCACUUAGCAGCCGGAUCGGUAAACGCAGUCUGCCUGCACCAGGCGCGUACCGGCGCACAGGUGUCGCGUAUCACCGUCGGCCGUCAGGUCGGCCGGAAGGAGACUCUGGUCUGGAGUGUAGCACUGCUCGCCGACCUCACAAUCGUUACCGGAGACUCCAGGGGCCGUGUGUCGUUCUGGAACGGUCCUCUGGGCGCCCUGCACACCUCUCUCGGCUCCCACCGGGCGGACGUACUCGCCGUCACCUCCUCUGCCGACGGGGAGCGGGUAUUUGCCGCGGGAGUCGACCCCACCGUGGCCCGGUUUGAGCGGAUACCGUCAGCGCGGGCCACUGCCGGCUGGGUCCGCUCGCUGAGAAUACAGCUGCAUGUGCGGGAUGUGCGCGUUAUGAUCAGCACCGGAGACUGUCUGAUUUCGGCAGGCGUGGAUGCCGAUCUGGUGUUCGACUUUCAGGGUAACAACAAAGACACCGUCCGGACGUCUCCGCUGCCGCAGCUGGGAACGGUGCUGCCGGCGCCGCGGCUGCCCGGCCUGGUGACGGUCGGUGACUCGGAGCUGCGGCUGUGGCGUCUGCCGGCCGCCGGCAGCGACGAGCAGCCAGUAGCGCUGCUGCAGCUGAGCAGCCGGCGCGGCGAGCCGCCCGUCUGCGCCGCCGUGUCAGCCGACGCCGGCUGGCUGGCCUACUCGACACCGGCCCGGCUGCGGCUGCACCGGCUGGAGACGGGCACAGCGCGGCCCAGUCUGCAGAGAGUCCGCAGCCUCCCCCCGGAGGCCGCCGGGCCGUGCCGCCAGCUGGCGUUCUCGCCGUCCGGCGACUGGCUGCUACUGCUGACCGCCGCCGGCCGGCUGGUCCGACUCCGACUGACCUCCGCUUUAGACGAGCUGAGCGCCGAGGACCUGGGCUGGGCGGACGGCCGGGAGGACCCCGAUGAGGACGAUGAAGAGGACGAGGAACAGCAGAGCGUCGCGCUGAACUUGCUCACGCUGAGUGCUGACGGGCAGCGCGCCGCUCUGGCCGACCGGGACGGCGGUGUCCUCGUCUGGGAUCUCGAGAAGCCGGCGCUGGUAUCUCGCAUGCCGCGCCGAUCAGCGCCUGCCACCGCUCUGGCGUUCCGACCCGACUGUGCCACCCACAUACUGGCGGCCUACGCGGACCGGUCGGUGGCAGAGUUCGACACAGCCGCCGGCCACCUGACCGGUUGGUCGCGCUGGGCGGCCGAGCAGGUACCCGAGGCGUGGCAGAAGCGGCCGCUGCCCGUGCGGCACAUCACCGUGACUGAGUGCGGCUCCAGAGUACUGCUGCACGAUGACAGCGGUGUGUGCGCGCUGGACGCGGCCGCCGGCGAGCAGGCAGCCGACAGCAAACGAGCCAAAACGGCCAAAGGACGCCGGAAAACUAUUGAGACGGCCGAGGUGACGGCCGCCGAGAGCGUCGUCAUAACAGAUAGGUAUCGGCAUCUGCUGUACCUGGGCUCUCUGGCAGAGCGGCGUCUACUGGCCGUGGAGGCACCCGCCGCUCGAGUCGAACAGAUGCUGCCGCCCGCUCUCCGGCGCAAACGAUACGGUGUGGCGUGAUGAAUCGGACUGUUCAUACAUGCAAUACAUGUGCCUCAUCA